AUGUGGCUGCAAUCACUGCAACCUGGAUGUGGAGAACCAGGAGGUGAGAGGAAUGGCAAAAAUUCUUAUUAUAUUGUUUUUGGUAAUGAACAGGACCAUGACCAUGCUAGUUUAAGUUCGAAAUCCUCAGGUGUGAGUCAAAAAGCUAAAGCCACACGAAAGUUAUCAUCAUCAAAGUCACUUGAAGCCCCACGGACCAAAAGCUCUGAACCUCUCACGAGUCCAAAGAAAACUGGCUACGGUGAUCAGUCCAAUAAGCCUGCUAAUAUGUCUCGGGAAGUAACUGACGAAGCUACAUUGCAUAAUUUAAAUUCUCCUAUCCCUGCUCCAAGUAUAAAAAAAUCCAGUACCAUAUCCAAUGGGCCAGCACCUCGGCAUCGCACCACAUUGGGGCGUACCUCAGCAAGGAAGAAUCUUUCCAUGGAAUCCAUUGAUCUUCCUGUUGAAGAUGAAGAUGAAAUUGAAAGGCUCGAAGCUGCCAGGGCAGAAUUACAAACUCAAAUUGCAGAUGAGGUGAGGGCAAAUGCCAAGCUGCAAUCUCAAGUGGAGAAUCAAAAGAGAGCCUUGGACGAGCGUCGUCUGGCUCUUGAGCAAAAUAUUGCUAGACUACAGGAACUGCUGCACAAGGAAAAGAAUUGUCGGGCAGCUCUUGAGAACAAAACAGAGCUUGAGGAAUUAGCUCUGGUAGAAGCAGAUCUUGCCUAUUUAGAACGGAAGGUUGAGGAACUUGGGAAGAGGCUUAAUUCUCAAAUUGAUCGAAAUCUUGUAACUCCGGAUUUCUCUAGUCAACCACGACAGAUGUCAAAUCAGGAAAGAAGAUUAAAAUACAAGGCAGAUACUGAAGUUGCUGCCACAUCACAAUCUGAUAGAUCGAUAAGUAAGGGUACGGUAACGGCCCAACAGGACAGUCAUAUUGUUGGAGUAGAAAGUGAUGGUGAGAGAAAGGCAGAGUCAACACCUUUACCAAACAAACAUCCACCAACUAGCUCCAAGAGGUCUGCUUUAAAGGGCGAGGUGGCCCGUAACCAGAUUGCAAGUGAACUCCAAAACAUGGAAAAAGGGCGAGACUCAAGUCGCUCAUCACACAAUGUGGAAAAAGGAAAAGGAUCUGAACGUCAUCAAUCACUCGCAUCCCCCCACAAAUUUGGAGGGUCAGAGGCUCAGUCUGUGCCAAACCCAGAGAAGGGUAAAGGGACAGAAUCAUCAGACAAAGGAUCGACCAAAGGAAAAUCAUCUCAGCCGAGUUCAUCCGAGAAACUGAAAAAAUCAGAUAGUCAUCCAGCCCACCACACCGAUGGAUGGAAUCAACAACCAAAACACUUGGAAAGAGGAAAGUCAGAAGGCCAUCAGACUUAUAAUGUGGACAAAGGCCGGUGA